AUGAAAUUUGGAGCGAUACACUUAUUAGUGUGCAUGUCAAUAGCGCCAAUUAUAAUAUGUCAACAGCGACAUAAGGAUAAAGAUGAUGCAUACGUUGAUUUGGUCCCACUUAAUUUGAUACCAGAAGGUUGUAGUUUGGAUUCCUACUAUGGUUAUGGAAUCAUAGAUGGAAGUCUGGAAAAAUGUGAUAAAUAUUCAGAAGCUAAAGCUGGUGGUGAAGAGUUCAGUUCCGAAUAUGAAGAAAUCAAAUGUCGUACUUUGAGAGUGCAUGGAAGAAUGAAAAAUAAUAAAUGCGAAUGCAAGCCUGGAUGGAAGGGGCCUAUCUGUAAUGAAUACUAUGGUUGUCCAACUGGUUUCUCCCUAUACAACAGCGUAUGUACACCAAAUUCAUGCCAACAUAAUGGAACGAUUGCUAUUGGCUCUAAACAGAUUGAAUGCAUGUGUAAGGCCCCAUGGGAUGGACGAAAUUGCGAACGACUUGCCUGUUGGCGUAUGGCUCCGAAAGAGCAUGAAAGGAGAUGGCGCAAUGCGGGUGAUAAGUGUCGUUGUGCCGAUGAAUAUGAAGGCGAUAAUUGUGAUAAGAUUAUCAAAUGUAGGAAUGAUGGUGAAGUUAUUGAUGGAAGAUGCAGUUGCAAGGAUUUAUUUUAUGGAGAAAUUUGUGAGAAAAAGUGCCCUGCCAAUCAAACAUGUGGUGCGAUAGUUAUUUGGUUCUCACCAGUUGUCACAUUUUUAGCUUUUCUAUGUUUCUGCUUGAUUCCACUGUAA